AAUAAUUAGGUGGGAGUCUUACUAGAUCUACAUCACUCAUCACUCAUCUCAUCGACUUGACAUGGCGGAAAACGGUUCACUCAGUGAGUUUCUCACAGUCGCCAUUGAUGUUGCUAAGCAAGCCGGAGAGGUUAUUCGGAAAGGAUUUUACCAGACCAAGAUUGUGGAACAUAAAGGAUCGGUGGAUUUAGUUACCGAAACCGACAAAGCGUGUGAAGAUCUUAUAUUUAAUCAUCUAAAGCAGCAUUUCCCAAGCCACAAGUUCAUUGGAGAAGAAACCACCGCUGCCAAUGGUGUAAGUCAACUGACAGAUGAACCCACUUGGAUUGUUGAUCCACUUGAUGGAACAACCAACUUUGUGCACGGGUUCCCUUUUGUGUGUGUUUGCAUAGGUCUUACCGUUAAAAAGGUCCCCGUGGUUGGAGUUGUUUACAAUCCGAUCAUGAAUGAGCUUUUCACUGCCACUGAUGGAAAUGGUGCUUUCCUUAACGGAAAUCCUAUCAAAGUAUCUUCUCACUCUGAACUGGUGAAGUGUCUCCUUACCACAGAGGCUGGAACAAAGCGUGAUAAGGCCACUCUGGAUGCCACUACAAAUAGAAUCAACAGCCUACUUUACAAGGUAAGAUCAAUCAGGAUGGGCGGCUCCUGUGCGUUGGGUCUCUGUGGGGUUGCAUGUGGAAGGAAUGAUCUCUUUUAUGAGAUCGGUUUUGGUGGUCCUUGGGAUGUUGCAGCGGCGGUUGUGAUUGUUAAAGAAGCCGGUGGAGUCAUCUUUGAUCCAUCUGGCAAUGACUUUGAUAUCACCGCUCAGCGAGUAGCAGCUUCAAACCCACUGGUGAAAGAUGCAUUUGUUGAGGCAUUGCAACAGUCAGCUUAGACAACCAUCAGUUAAGUUCCCUUGAUGCUUCUCAAAUGAAUCUAAUGAUACUUGGCAUCACAAAAUGCAACAUUAUUUGGACCAUUCUUUUCAUGGUAAUAAGCAGUUUGAGCUCAGCGUUCAAAAUGUCAAAACUUUGUAACUUUAAUUGUAUUAGUCUUCUUGUUUUUGGGAAAUAUUAAUGCACAAAGAUUUCGAUGGAGCGUAUUUGAUGUAUAUAAUUAUUUUUCUUUCAUUUUUUAUACUGAUAAAAGUUGAUGAGUUAUAUUGUGGUA